AUGUUCAACAAACAAUUUCCCUCAUCCUCUGCUCGCUAUGGCAUCAACGACCGUGUGGGCUCGGGUUUCUUCUACGAUCGUUAUUACACCAGGUUUAAAUCUCCAAAAUGGAGAGCCAUACUAUUGUGUGGGGCAGCCAUUCUUCUGUGGUAUUAUCCAAGUAAAUUCAUCUAUCGUUUUGUCUUUGAGCAUCCGUAUUGGGAGAGAAGACAAAUUCGCAAGGAACAAGAACGAGAAAUUAAGCAAUUGGUGUUGAUGAGCUCUAAUCGGGAUAGAAAGGAAACACUCAAUGAAAUGUUUAAAGAGUAUUACAUCGGCAAGUAUCUUGAACAACAAGAGGCCAAUCAAUCUACUUCUCAACAACAACCAUCGGAGCCUAAUACUGAAGAAAUACUUCAGAAUAUGAUCAUCAAGUGGUAUGGCAUCACGAACAGUGACCAUUCAGAGCUCAGCAGAGAAGAAACAUCCUUAUCCUCAUCCUCUCCCAGUACCAUAUCAAGAAUUAUUCAUACAUCGGAGUUGUUCAACCUGUCCAAAAGAUGA